CGAUUUGACAGACACUACCUUGCAUGAAUUUUUGCAAAUUAAAUUUAAAACAAAAAACCAUGAAUUUGUGAUAUAAGUCCUUUCUUCUCUCAAUUUUCAUUUUCAGUUUUUAGUCGAUAUCAUAGUCGAUUCAAUGGAAUUCCCAGAAUUAUCUUUGGCUCCCAAUUAUGAAUCUUUUGAUCCAUCUGAUGCAAGUCUUCCUAUGAAGAGGAAAUGGAUGAAUACAGAAUCUCCUAGUGUUGAUCUUCAGCUCAAAGACCCCCUUCCCUUGGAUUGGGAGCAAUGCCUUGAUCUUGAAUCGGGAAGAAUGUACUAUCUAAACCGGAAAACAUCGAGAAAAGCGUGGAACCGGCCGGAAGAACAGAAGAUUGAUCUCGAUCUGAACAUAUCAAUCUGCAGUGAGAAACAAAAUAAUUGGGGCUCAGAUAAUCAACAAGAAAUGAUCAAUGAACAGCAGCAUUCAUCAAGCAGCAGCAGCAUGAUUGCUUUAGUUUGUUCAAAUUGUCAUCUUCUUGUAAUACUUUCAAGGACUUCUCCUUCCUGUCCUAACUGCAAGUAUGUUCACUCUCUUGCAACAUCACCACAAGCUCGGCCCGACUCGUCCGUUUCGUCUUCCUAUCGCAACUUAAGCCUUUGAACAAGAUAUAUAUCCAUAUAUAUGUAUCCUGUAAGGUGUUGCCAAAUAAAUUGUACUGUAUGUAUUCCUUUUUUAAACUUCUUAUCAAUGAUUUUUAUGGGACAUCUAUUUAUA